AUCACAAUCGCUUCUCUCUCUUUCCACUUGAUCAACACUCAAUUUGUCCUUCUUCUAUACCCCCCCAGCUUGGCUAUCUGUCCUUUCCAUUCUCCGUCUUAGAAUGAUCCGCGGGCUUGGCAAACUCAGAGAGUCGACUGCGAGACGUCUCGCGCGAUGUGUAUCAAGUGAGAGUGCAACCUCAGAGACGAAGAACCUCGUACCGGCUCAGACAAAUCUGAGGGGAGAGUCUCUUCUGAACAAUCCUCGGUUGAAUAAGGGUGCAGCCUUCAGUCGUGAGGAACGUGCGAUCUUCGGUCUCGAAGGUUUCCUCCCGUACGACGUGCACACGAUCGAGCAGCAGGUCCAGCGAGUUCUCUCGCAGAUUGACAAGCAGAACACACCUCUGCUAAAACAUGUCUUCCUCGCCUCCCUUCGCGACCAAAACCAGGUUCUGUUCUAUCGUGUUAUGCAGGAACACCUGAAGGACUUCCUCGGCAUCCUUUACACACCCACUGCAGGGGAGGCUAUCCAGAGUUAUUCCCGUCUAUUCCGACGUGCAUCUGGUUGCUUUAUUAGCUUUCCAAAUGCGGACGGUAUGCGCGCACAGCUCGAAGCGCACGUCGAUGCCAUCGAUAACAAGCCCGAUGUGAACGACGCCGCGCCAGGACCCAUAGACCUCGUCGUCGUAACAGACUCAGAGUCCAUUCUGGGUAUCGGAGACCAAGGUGUUGGCGGUGUAACCAUCUCAACGAGCAAGUCUGCGCUGUACACACUGGGUGCUGGCUUCAACCCGAAUCGCUUGCUUCCUGUUGUUCUGGAUGUCGGAACAGACCGCUACGAGCUAUUCUCAGAUCCCCUAUAUAUGGGAUGGAAGCACACACGUGUCAGGGGCGAGCCGUAUAAUCAGUUUGUGCAUAAAUUUAUCAAGAAUUGCUCUGAGCUGUUCCCUGGUGCUCUGAUCCACUUCGAGGACUUCGGCCCCAAUAAUGCAUAUCGCCUCCUGGAGAAGUACCGCGACAAGGUACCGUGCUUCAAUGACGAUAUUCAGGGCACCGGUGCCGUCGCCUUGGCCGCUCUGAUCUCAGCAGGCAUCAUUACCAAGACGAAAUUGUCACAGCAGCGCAUCGUGCUUUACGGAUGCGGCAGUGCCGGCCUCGGUAUCGUCAACCAAAUCAGGGACGGUAUGAUGAUGCUAGACGGCGUUACCAAGGAGGCAGCAUCUCGCCAGUUCUGGUGCGUAGACAGGAACGGUCUGCUCCUGCAAUCAAUGGGCCCCAACCUUCGCCCGGGCCAGAUGGAAUACGCUCGCCCAGAUCAUGAGGUGUACGACUGGCCACACGAAGUCGAGGAGCAGGACGCUCUCCGGCUUAUUGAUGUCAUUCGUGCGGUGAAGCCUACCGUCCUGAUCGGAACUUCCACCCAUGCCCGUGGCUUUACGGAGCAGAUCGUUCGCGAAAUGGCUCAUUACGUCGAGAGGCCGAUCAUCUUCCCCUUGAGCAACCCCACGAGUUUGUGUGAACUGGAUCCUCUGGAUGCGAUGCACUGGACCGACUACCGUGCCCUAGUCGCAACGGGCAGUCCUUUCCCUCCUGUUCCCAUGUCGGACGGCCGCCUGCUGAAGACAGCUGAGGCGAACAAUGCACUGUGCUUCCCCGCCCUCGGCCUAGGCACGGUCAUAUCCCGUUCGCGUACCAUGUCGCCGGGGAUGAUCAUGGCCGGUGUGCAUGCGCUUGCCCAGCUCUCGCCCGUACACGAUAACCCCGAUUCACCUGGCUCGCUCCUGCCCGACCUCACCGACGUCCGCCGCGUCAGUGUCAAGGUCGCUGCGGCCGUGUUGAUGAAAGCGAUCGAGGAGGGCCAUUCGCACAAGGAGUUCAACUUUGAAAGCGAGGAAGACGUAGAAGAAUAUAUCAAAAGGCGCAUGUGGGACCCGGUGUACAGGCCCAUCGAGCCCGCAGACGGUGAGGAGCGCCGUGUCUCCUGGUAGGUCAGACCGUGAGAGUGGGGAGUGGUGAAUUUCUUGAAUUUGACAGUCUUUCAUGCAAAACAUCUACUCAUUUUGGUAGGACAUAUUGUAUUUGUGUACACAAGAAGUCACUCUUUACUAAUUGCU